CGUGCGCGCGUCAACGGCGGCGGCGGCGGCCUAACCCCGCCUUCAGCCUGCAGUCGCGCGGGGGAACCCGGAAGGUGUCCUGCAGGGGACACGUCAGAGUGCAGCACCUACUAGCACCGGACUUGGGACAAGUUUUCAAUUUGAGUAUUCUUUAAAUGAAACAUCGGUAAAGCCUUGUAUAAAGAAGAGAGACUCCAAUCAACGAUAUCAAUUAUAAGUUGGAAAAGAAUCAUGUUGUCCUUAAACAACCUGCAAAAUAUCAUCUACAACCCGACAAUCCCCUAUGUUGGCACCAUUUCUGAGCAGUUGAAGCCUGGCUCUUUGAUUGUAAUUCGUGGACAUAUUCCUAAUGAUGUGGACAGGUUCCAGGUGGACCUACAGCAUGGCAACAGCCUGAAGCCGAGGGCUGACGUGGCCUUCCACUUCAACCCUCGCUUCAAAAGGUCCAACUGCAUCGUUUGUAACACGAUGACGAAUGAGAAAUGGGGCUGGGAGGAGAUCACCUAUGACAUGCCCUUCAAAAAAGAAAAGUCCUUUGAGAUCGUGAUCAUGGUGCUCAAGAACAAAUUCCAGGUGGCUGUGAAUGGGAAGCACACUCUGCUGUAUGCCCACAGGAUUGGCCCAGAGAAGAUAGACACACUAGGUGUCUAUGGCAAAGUGAACAUUCACUCUAUUGGGUUCAGCUUCAGCUCGGGUUUACAGAGUAUGGAAACAUCUACCCUGGGACUGACGCAGAUAAGUAGAGAAAAUGUACAUACGUCUGGCAAGGCACAGUUGAGCCUGCCGUUUGAAGCAAGGUUGAACGCCUCCAUGGGCCCUGGACGGACGGUUGUCAUUAAGGGAGAAGUGAACACAGUUGCUAAAGGUUUUAACGUUGACUUAAUGGCAGGAAAAUCAAGGGAUAUCGCUCUACACUUGAACCCACGCCUGAACAUGAAAGCAUUUGUAAGAAAUUCCUUUCUUCAGGAUGCCUGGGGAGAAGAGGAGAGAAAUAUUACCAGCUUCCCAUUUAGUCUUGGAAUGUACUUUGAGAUGAUAAUUUACUGUGAUGUCCGAGAAUUCAAAGUUGCAGUAAAUGGUGUGCACAGCCUGGAGUACAAACACAGAUUUAAAGACCUAAGCAGUAUUGACACACUAGCAGUUGAUGGUGAUAUCCGUUUGCUGGAUGUAAGGAGCUGGUAGCUACCAUGACUGCCAAAACUACUGAAAUACAAAAUGGCUUAUGUGAUCCUGGCCAUGUCAAAUGCAUCUCGCUUUCACCACAUUGUUUAUGUUGUUAAAUUGAGCUCAUACAACAUCAAGUUCUACUGGUGUUCUCAGGCCUGGCCAUGCAGUGUGGCUACCUCUACGUUCAGAGGAACAAAUCUGGGGCAAUCCCAGCUUAUCUUAGCCAGUGAGGCUCUGCACACAGGGCCCCUUCCUGUAAAACCACACUCAGCACAUAUUUAAGUGCCUACUCUAAUAUACUAGUUAAUAGGGAUGGAAGGCAUAUUUACUGUGUAUAUUCUCUUAGCUGGGCAUAGACAUGGCAGUGCCCAGAACCCGUGUGGUCCCUGUUUUCUGGCACUCACGUGCUCAUGAUCUCCCACUGUAGGGCCUUCCUGCUGACAUUGCAUUAACCAAACCCAUUGGGGGCAUUUGUCAUUCACUUAUUUAGCUCUUAUUGCUUUAAGCUUUAUAAAAUAAUAAAUAUGAUACUGAACAUGGCAGAAAAACUGAGGCAACAAAACCUGAAUUAGAACAAGUAUUCUGCUCCAAGCAGAUUUCUGCUUACUGGCACUCAAGUCUGUGUGUGUGUGUGCCUGAGGCAAACUGUGGUAGAGAAUGGAUAAAUGCAGUUUAUAAAACCUUGGGUAACCAACAUCAAGAUGAGACUUAGUGAAUGUAUAGAACAGGCACUAUCAGAGCAAAACCUACACAGGAGGGUAACUGAAAAAGGUGAGUUGGUGUGUGAACCAGCCCUUGGCCUUUGGGUCUGAAGACGUGUCUGUCUACAGCAGCAUUGAGGUCAGAUGCUGCUCUAAGUCAGCUUGCAUCAGCAAGGUCAGCUGCAGCACUCCUGUAACUUCCAUUGUUUGACUGGAGCUGGGAGAAGCUCUAGGUGAAGUCUUUCUUUACAGUCCCGACCUUGUUACAGAUUUCAAAGGUUUGGUGUGCGGAGGAGAAGUGCUAAAAGUUAAUCAGAUCAUUUUAUUAUUUAACCACAGGAUAGAAUUCCACCAGGGUUUAGAAGUAUUCACAGCCAAUUCACCCAGAUACAUGUAUUCAUACAUGGGAAAUAAUGCCAUCACCAUUUCUUUCUUUUUGAGAAGUACCAAUGCAGCAAAUGCUAGUCCUUCAUUCUUUUCAUGUAAAUUUAUUAUGCUGACUCUUGAAAAACUCAAGCUACGGAGGCGGUGGGUGGAACUGGGCAAUCUGUAGGGAGGCCAGGAGGCUCCAGAACCCCUCAGCGAUGCCUCUUCAUAAAGAACACAUGACUGAGCUGUUGGGAGGCUGAAAGGCACUCAGGGAAACAAAAGCCCAUUCAUAUGAAAGCUUAUUUUCAUUUCUAUUUUGCACAAAGCUAUCAAGACUGAUUUUGAAUAGAAUCAGUCUUAAUUCUUAGAUUCUGGUCUUUAAAAAAAAGCUGCUGGAAUUUAAGUUGUGAGAUGUUUCAUUGUAUAUUUCCAAGUUUUAUCUCUAAAAUGCAAAGAGGCCUUUUUGUUUGUCAUAGUUCUACAUUAAAAUUUUGUAUUAAAUUAGAAUGAAUACUCUGUGAAAUAGCUCUUCCAUGCUGUAGAAUGAAGGCAAACUGGUUUAAUUCGA